AUGAAGAGGAUGCGCAAAGCUAAGAGGGGUGGUGGUGAUCUCACUGAAAGCGCUCAGAACAGAAGAGUUUGCAAGGAUGAAUGGGCCUCAGGUCACUUCUCUAACAAAGAUAUUUGGACUGGGCUGAGUGAUGAGCUAAAGUUAUAUUUGUCUAGAAGUGUUGCCUCAAUUACUUUGUGCGAUGGAGAUACAAUCUUGUUUUCAUGUUCGGGCAUAGCUAUGGAAUGCCAGGGGAGCCACCUUACAAGGUUUCUGACUUCUGCAAGUUUGGUUAGAGCUCUCAAUCUUACAAACAAAGACCAUGAUGACUUAAAGAUUGAAGUCCGUCAUGAAGGCAAUGAAGUGUUUAUUGGGUUUGUGGCUGAAUUUGAUAAAGAUCGCAACUUUGCUGUUGUCAAUGUCCGUACCUUUGUUGAUGUUCAGGUUGGACUUUUCAACCAUGCACGGGAAGUUCUGCCUCAUAGUGAGGUAUUAGUUGUAGGGCGUGACGUCUCUGGUGAAAUGAUGGUCAGGAGUGUGGGAUUGAAUGGUAAUUCAAGGGUAUGUGAGGAUGAUGAAGAUCUUGAUUGUAAAUUCUCUAAGGCUUGGGAAGGUGGGCCACUUCUUUCUGUUGAUGGGAACUUUGUUGGCUUGAACCUUUUUCUGACUAUGAGAAGAGCUGUUUUCAUACCAUGUGGUACAAUUCUCAAGCAUCUAGAACAUUACUGGACAUCCCAGCAAAAGAAGACUGGUCGCGCACAGUCAAAAACUUUGAAGGUUCGCAGGUCUGGAGCAAGACCCUUAGCUGAGAAAUCUAACAACCAUCCAAAAGUACAUGGAGAUUUUCUCAGCCAGGAACAGUUAGAUCUAGAAUCCACGGAUUACCCUAAGUUACCACCAAAAAUGUCAGCUGGUGUGAUUUUGGUUAAUACUUUUGAAGAGACUUUUGGUGACAUGCAUGGUGAAGGUGUCUGGAGAAAAUUUGGUGAAAAAGCUUCUAACAUAAAUGACAAUGUUGUUGCACUGGCUUCAUUCAAUGGAGAAAAAAGGUUUUUUGCAUGCACAGGGUUUUUUAUUGAGUGGAAUGGAUCUACAAUAAUUUUAACAUCAGCGAGCUUGGUUAGAAAUUCUAGUGACGAGAACAAGACUAUUGAAAACUUGAGGAUUGAAGUAUUGCUUAAGCUUAACGACCAAGACCAAUGCAGAGAAGGGACACUACAACAUUACAGUCUACAUUACAAUGUAGCUCUAGUCAGUGUCAAGGAUUACUCUGCUCCUCGUCCAUUAAAAACGCUGCUUGAUUGGGAGGAGUCUGGCAAAGUAGCCGCUGUAGGGCGUUGCUUCAAAUCAGGCGCACUAAUGGCUACUUGUGGGGAACUGGUUUCCUGGUCAGGAACACUUGAUUGCGAUUUCCUUAUUCGUUCCACGUGUAAAAUCAGUAAGGCUGGGAUUGGAGGCCCUCUUGUUAAUUUCGAUGGGGAUGUCAUUGGCAUGAAUUUCUAUGACAAGAGAAUAGGAACUCCUUACCUAGACUGGGACGAAAUUUGCAUAAUUCUAGCGCGGUUUGAGACAAAAAGUAAACUUGGUGAAGUUGGCAAUGACGGUGCACCUUUUUCGUGGAAAUUGGAUGAUGAUGACAAAACUAAGUUAAACAGGUGGCCUGUGCCAAUGCCUUGUUGGUGCCUUCCUGAGGAUAAAUCUGAUGAUGAUGAUGAGUUGGGCUUUGUAACAAAAUCUGGUCGCAGGAGGAGAUACAGUUACUGUCGGGGAAAGAAAGUCGUGCUCUUUUAG